GACCCUUUUGUUUACUAAUCUUUCUUUUUUCAUUUCUUCUUAACUUAUCUUUCGACCCUUUUGACUAUACAGGGGACCCUGUAUACUCUUCCAUUUUACUAUAUCUUUAUUAUUGCUUCUUGGGUGUUUUUAACUUUAUCCAUAGUGUACUUAAGCUGUAAAUAUAUACACUCUUUCACCAAAAAAAAAAUAAAAAAAAAUUAAAGAAUUGAUUUUUAUCCCUUCUCUUCAUCAGUAAAAAAAGAAAGCUGUUCAAGAAUGGUGUAUUAAGAGUACUAAAAGUAGUACAUAAUCUGAAAUAAGAUAAUCAAAUACAGGACAAUGAGAACUUCUUUAAGUAGCCAUCAUGUUGAAUUCCAAUGUUUUAGGUUGUUUUCUUGAUACUCAAGUGGUGUGGAGAAGUUAAUUUUGCUACACUUUCAAAGAUAUGGAUAUAGCAAGCAAGAAUGAGAGUGAACAAGAAAAGAGGAAUGAAGAAGUCUCAAUGAACUAUCAGUCACCAAAUAUUUCUUCAGAAUGGCAAUUAAGUGGUAGCAAUUUGACAAAUGCAUCUAUGGGAAUAAUGAAUCCUAGUAGUACCAAUCAGAUGGUUGAUUCAUUUUGCACUACUACUUGGGAUCAAUCUACCAAUUCACCAAACUUAGGUUUCUGUGAUGCUAAUGUUCAAAUAAAUCCUAGCACUACAAAUCCACUAGGAACACUGGGUCCUAGUUGGACUCCAUCAAAUCCGAUGUUGAAAGGGGGCAUGUUUCCACCUCCCGGUCCGGUGAUGCUUCCGCAGUUUCCGGCUGAUUCAGGUUUUAUUGAAAGAGCUGCAAGGUUUUCUUGCUUUAGUGGAGGGAACUUUGGUGACAUGAUGAACCCUUUUAGCAUCCCUGAGUCGAUGAAUCCGUAUCAUAGGGGACCAGCACCAAUGCAAGGUCCUCAAGAGGUUUUGGCAUGUAAUGGUUUGAAAUCACCUCAGAAGCAGCACUUGAGUAAUGUGGACACUGAGAAAAGCCCCCUCAAGAAUGAGAAAAAGAGUGAAAGUUUUGCUAGGUCUCAGGAUGAAGCAAAAGAAGUUGUUGGAGUCUCUGGUAAUGAGUCUGAUGAAGCUGGAUGUAGUGGCCGUCGAGAAGAAACAGAGGGUGCUGGUGAGGAGUCUUAUGGAAAGAAUAUCGGCUCAAAGAAAAGGAAAAGAGGCGGUCAGGAUACUGAACCUGCUAAGGAUCAAAUUGAAAUUCAGAAAGGGGAGCAAAACCCGAAUUCAAUUUCUAUCAAGCCUGGUGGAAAGAAUGGUAAACAGGGGUCUCAAUUUUCAGAUCCAACGAAAGAAGAAUAUAUACACGUUCGAGCUCGAAGAGGCCAGGCAACAAAUAGCCAUAGUCUUGCAGAAAGAAUAAGGAGGGAGAAAAUCAGUGAACGGAUGAAAUAUCUUCAGGAUCUUGUGCCUGGUUGCAACAAGGUCACCGGCAAAGCUGUGAUGCUCGAUGAGAUCAUUAACUAUGUACAGUCUCUGCAAAGGCAGGUUGAGUUCCUCUCAAUGAAGCUUGCAACAGUAAACCCACGGCUAGAUUUUAAUAUUGAUGGGCUCCUGUCAAAAGAUAUCCUCCAGUCUCGAGCAGGUCCUUCAUCCUCACUCGCCUUUCCACCUGAUAUGACCAUGCCAUAUCCUCCCUUACAUCCAUCACAAGCUGGAAUUCUUCAAUCUGGUCUUCCUGGUUAUGGAAUUCCUAAUGAUGCAUUUCGUAGAGCCAUCAAUCCCCAUUUAGCCACUACUAGUUGUGGGCCUGGUGACUACAAGGAUCCUUCAUCUCAGGCUCCGAAUGUAUGGGAUAAUGAGCUACAUAAUGUUGUCCAAAUGGGAUUAAAUUCAAGUGCACCCUUAUCUAGUCAAGAUUUAAGUGGUUCUCUGUCAUCAGGACAGAUGAAAGCAGAAUCUUGAACUCAUCAUUGAUACCAUGCGUUAUUGGGGGAUUGAGGUGCACUGAUUGUGUUUUUUGUGUUGGAUAAAGAAAACAUCUGGAAGUGUGUCACACUGAGAGCUCUUCCUAUUUCACAUUGAACAAGACCUCCAUCAAGUAGUUCCCAGUGAGUCUGUACAGCAAGUGCAUAAUGAGUUUUUGUUAAUGGUGCAUUCACCUCCUUUUCAUAAGUGACACAAUCGGCUACCACGAGAGUGAAAAUUUGUUCCACGAGAUUGUCGUUCUUCCAUCAACAACUACAAUUGAAGGUUCAAGAACUAGUGUUUUGUCGAUACAUAGUUGUUUUCUUGAAUCUCUUGUUUUGGGGGGUGGAGGGGGAAGGAUGGUUUUAUUCCUGGUCAUUCCAUGUGGAAGAACUUGAAAAUUGUAUGGCCUGGGGAAAGUAAAUGAUGUUACAUGCUUCUUUUCUUCCAAAGCAUUCUUUUCUUCCAAAGCAUUCUUUACUAUAAAACUUUGUUCAGUUACUGCAAAAAAUAAGCACUAUAUCUGAUUUUGUUGACUAUAAAGUGGAUUAUCUCUC